GAGACCCGUUCAACGUGUGUACAUAGCUAGCCCUCCGUGUUGGAUUGGAAAAGUUUCUGUCAAUAUUACAAAUAAUACCUUUGUUUCCUGAAAACAGAAAGUCUUGGAAGAGGCUCGGAGGCCGAUAAGCACAUCACCCAUCCCCAAAAUUAUCUUGCACAAAAGCUACACUUCCCUUUAUCCCCACUCUGGUUAAAACAGGAAUCUCAAACUCCAGUCCUGGAGGGCCCCAGUGGUUAUGGUUUCCAUUCAGUUAGUUGCAAACUGAGGCCUUGGAAGCAAAGGUGUGGACUAUUUUGCCAACCAGUGACUUAAUCAAACAGAAGUGCUGAAACUCUCCAAACAACAGAAGUCACUACAACCCUGUGGGAUUUGAUUUUGGAACCCUGGGUUUACAAGCAUGGAUCUGCGGUCCAAGCACGGGCUGUCACUGAUGGACCGGCUGUGGCGGAUGAAGGAGGCGGGAGAGAUGACGGACGUGGUGCUGGUCACAGAGGGCGUGCGCUUCCCCUGCCACAGGGUGGUGUUGUCUGCCUUCAGCCCCUACUUCAUGGCCAUGUUCACCUGCGGCCUGCAGGAGUGCAACAGAAGAGAGGUGACACUACAGGACACGCCCCCCGAAAUCCUUCGCCUCAUCCUUAACUACAUGUACCGAUCAGAGCUACCGCUGUCCAACGCCAACGUGCAGGGUGUGGCCGUGGCCGCCUUCGUGCUGCAGCUGGACGAUGUCUUCGUGCGCUGCCAGAGACACAUGACUGAAAAUAUGGAUGCCUCAAACUGUUUGGGAGUGUACCAUUUCGCACGUGACCUGGGAGCCGAGGAUUUGCGCGACCUGGCUCAUCGCUACCUUCGCCAGAACUUCGCCCAGGUGUGCCUGCACGAGGAGGUGGUGGAGCUGGAGUGCCAUAAGCUGCUAACGCUCAUCGGCUCGGACGACCUGAACGUGUCGCGGGAGGAGAGCAUCCUGGAUGUGGUGCUGCGCUGGGUGAACAGCGACCCGGACCGUCGGGCGGCGAGCCUCCCCGAGCUGCUCCGCAAGGUCAGGCUGCCCCUCGUGAGCCCAGACUUCCUGCGAGAGGCGCUGCGGAGGAACACGGUGCUGUUGGCCAAUGCAGAAUGCCAGGACAUGGUGCAGGAGGCGCUGGAGCUUAUCCAAUGCCCCCCGUUAGCCACACCACGCAAGCUGAAGCUGCGUUAUGGCAUGGAGACCGUCGACCUGCUGCUCUGCAUUGGUGCUGAGGGCCAGGGCAUCCGGUCCCGCCAUGGUUCCUACUCCGACUACAGCUUCUGCUUCUCCCCCACCACCGGACAGAUCCACUACAUCACCUCCCCCCGCUAUGGUGAGGCAUUGGGCUAUGUGUGCGCCGGUGUGGUUACCCAUGACAAUGACAUUGUGGUGGCGGGAGAGGCGGGAGCUCGCAGGAUGGCUCGGGAGAAGAGCCGAAAUGUGGACGUCUACAGGUACAAGGCAUCGGCCCAGGGGAGCUGGCAGAAGCUUUGUUCAGCAGAGCACAGAGAUAUGUAUGCCUUGGGCGCGGUGGGUGACACCCUGUACCUGCUGGGCGGGCAGAUGAAGCUGAGGAAGCAAUACUUCAUCACCAACUCAGUGGAGCGCUGGUCUAUGCGGGGUGGGGCCUGGCGAAGCACGACUCCCUUACCCCUCCCAUUGGCCUAUCACUGCGCAGUCACACUCAAAGACCGCCUCUAUGUGCUAGGAGGGAGGACCCCACAGUUUGACCGGCCAGACGAUGAACCUGAAUGCCUGAGCAGCCGAUUGUUCAGGCUGGACCCUGGCGCAAGCACAUGGGUCGAAUGUGGACCCAUGCGGUACUCCAAAUACCGCUGCAGUGCCGUCGCUCUCAAUGGAGAGAUCUACGUCUUGGGUGGCAUUGGGUGCGAGGGGGUGGAUCGUGGGCAGUCACGCCGCUGCCUGGAUGUAGUGGAGAUCUACAAUCCAGAUGGAGACUUCUGGAGGGCAGGGCCCCCACUUCCCGGGCCCCUGCUGUCCCUGCACACCAACGCCUCCAAUGCCGGUGUAGUAGGGGGCAAAAUCUACGUCUGCGGCUUCUACAGGGGAGCAGGUCGGCAUGACAUCAUCACCAAGGACAUCCUGGAGCUGGAUCCCUGGGAAAACCGGUGGACCAUGGUGGCGAGGCGUGUCCUGAUGCAUGACAGCUAUGAUGUCUGCCUGGUGGCCAAUCUCAACCCCCGGGGCCUCAAGGCCCCACCCCCUGACCUACUUGAGGAGUAACAUGACUAUACCUCUCCCAGUCCUGCCCCCUGACCUCCUUAGUAAAACUCCUGGUCUCACCCAUCUUACAUGAGUGUGCCCCAUAGCAUUAUCUGCUAUGAGGUGAGAUUCCGAAGGACAGAGUUUGCCUCAUGGUACAUUGGUUUCUACUCUAUCUGAGAACCUUUGUUUUUCUGUGUGCUGGAUACUUAAGCUCUGGAUAGAGGAUACAUGGGCCUUGUUGCACGCCCUGUUAAAGGGUAGCAGUGUAGAAACAUUUUGCAUUUGUAACCAUGAAUGGUAUGAUCGAUAUCAAAGCCACAGAGAGCUUCGUUAUCACUUGGAUAUGUGCCAUGGCAUUUCAACACCUGUUUAUGUACUACUUGUCUCUUCCUGUUACCAGUUGUUCUUUUAGCUUAUGCACGUCUUGUUUUCUUAGUUACUUUGUGCGUUGUCAUAGGCUUCAUGGAAAGUUCUCUAUUCUUAUUCUUAUUAUUAUUAUGGAUUACACUGAAUGAAAACCUGAGUCUGCUGCAGGCUCCACACUUCUGUAUGGGACAAGUCAAAGGGCUCAUGUAAUCAUCAAUCAGCUCCAUUACAGGCAGAGAUGUGGAAGGAGGAGAGGCAAAUACUCAGGGACACGAAGGAGGCACUUCACUGGGGCAGCAUGUUAACUUGCACAGAAACAUACAGUGCAAAAACAUCCCUGUUCUGAGGCUCAUUGCUCCGAUGCCUGACCUGCACCUUGCGUUGCUCACAGGCAGCACAGCUCAAACCUGGUCAAUAACACCGAUCUUAGCGCUGCACAGACAAACACAUCGCCUGCUGGUGCUCGUAAACACCAGGGCACACAGCAUACGCCAGCAAUGUUUUGCUCAGAAAACGGAAGAAUGUCUAGACCCAGGGCUUGAUAAGGCAACAAUAAAAACUAUUGGAGCAGAUUGACCUCUGAAAUUAGAAACAUCAGACAGAGAGCAGCCUGUUUUCCCUCUCAGUUAGUCAUCUUGCUUAGUGCUCAUUAACCUCUGCAUCAUGAAAAAAUAUUCACUUUUAUGUAAAAAGCUUACAAAAAAAUCCAACUGUUAUAAAUUUCAUCCAAACACCCCCGAUAGAAGUGAGAAGGGAGAGACUGAGCUGUGAGAUGGCACACGCCUGAUAAUCACAAUCUGAGGCACAGUAAACAACAAAAACAAAGAAAACAUUUAAACACUGUUGAUAUAAAAAACAAGUUCAUUCUUCAUUAUUCUUAUUUACUGUAUGUGAUUUAGCAACACAAGUGCAUUAUUUGUUCAG